AUGACCAAAAAGGAAACUUACACUGGAAUAGGGCAAGAGGUCAAAGUUGUUGAUUUGGCUAAAGCUUUAGGGAUACCCAUCACUGAUCUGGUGCCUCACUAUAAGACUAAUGGUGAUUUGCGAGGAAUCAAGAGGACGUUCUUGGAGGCCCAAGCUAUGGCAUAUGCUCAGAAAAAGAAAUGGGAGAUAACUGGAAAUAUUUGGGCUCUUUUAAUGUUUGGAGUGGUUCUACUUCCUAAAAAUGUUGACUAUGUGGACUCUGCUGCUAUUCAUGUAUUUUAUUCUGUGAAAGUUUUUGGAAAAGACCCCACUCCUACAAUAUUAGCUAAUAUUUAUUACACUUUGCAUACCCGUUGUGUGAAGAAGAAAGGGAUGAAGCUCAAUUAUGGAAGUAUUAUCUAUAGGUGUGGGGAAUAUCACAAUGUCCCUUUAAUUGGGACAAAUGGUUGUAUUAAUUAUAACCCAAUGCUAGCUCUACGACAAUUAGGACACUCCAUGAAUGAUAAGACUUCUGAAGAGCAAAUCAGAAAAUUAAUUCUACAUGAUAUGGGGAAGGAGGACCCAAGAGAGUUAAAAAAGGUAAUCCAUGCUUGGAGUCAUGUGCUUAGAAAAGACUUUGGGCCAAAGAAUGUCAUUGCAAAAGAACCUUAUGUCAGGUGGGUUACAGAAAGAGUAAAGAAAAAUCUUCUCCCAUUUGUGGUGGAUCCUACUUACAAGUCUCACACUCCUGAUCAAGGUCUCCUAUCCGUAGAAGAGAGACUUAGGGCGGCCCUAGAGGCCUCCCAAAGAGAGAAGGAAGGGUUAGAGCUUCAAGUACACCAACUAACUAAUGAGAGGAGCCAACUACGCCUUGACCUCAAAGAUAGGGAUACAGAACUGUGA